CAAUGUAGCUCAGGAAUAAAGGUCAGUAGGUGGCUUCCAUUGGUGUUUGCUGCUUUACUUUCCCAAGGCUCCUCAAAACACCAAUCUUGUUUAAUCUCUCAACAUUUUCCAGCCAUCUCAAAAGCAUUCAAUAACCUUAAAACAAACAAAAAUCAACGUGAUGGCCCCAGAAAUUCCUGUAGAUGUCUUCUCGGGCAGCGGCAAGAUUUCUACACUGAACACGGGCUAUUCAAAAAGGGCCUACGUGACAUUUUUAGCCGGCAAUGGCGAUUAUGUUAAAGGAGUGGUUGGGUUGGCUAAGGGUUUGCGCAAGGCAAAAAGUGAAUACCCUCUAGUUGUUGCAAUUUUGCCUGAUGUCCCCGAAGAGCACCGUGAGAUCUUAAGGUCUCAGGGAUGCAUCGUUCAGGAAAUCGAGCCUAUUUAUCCCCCACAAAAUCAGAUUCAAUUUGCCAUGGCUUACUAUGUCAUCAACUAUUCCAAGCUUCGCAUAUGGAAUUUCGAGGAGUACAGCAAGAUGAUAUACUUGGAUGCCGAUAUUCAAGUGUUCGAGAAUAUUGACAAUCUUUUCGACAUGGCAGACGGGUAUUUCUACGCCGUAAUGGACUGCUUCUGCGAGAAGACAUGGAGCCACUCGCCCCAAUUCUCUAUUGGGUAUUGCCAGCAGUGCCCAGAUAAAGUUACAUGGCCUGCCAAGAUGGGAUCUCCUCCUCCUUUGUACUUUAAUGCCGGAAUGUUUGUGUUCGAGCCUAGCCGUUUAACCUAUGAAAAUCUUCUCGAGACUCUUCAGAUCACUCCACCAACACCCUUUGCUGAGCAAGAUUUCUUGAACAUGUUCUUCCAAAAGGUGUACAAACCUAUUCCACUGGCCUACAACUUGGUUCUCGCUAUGUUAUGGCGCCACCCUGAGAAUGUGGAGCUUGAGAAAGUUAAGGUGGUGCACUAUUGUGCUGCUGGUUCAAAGCCCUGGAGGUAUACUGGUAAGGAAGUUAAUAUGGACAGAGAGGACAUCAAGGUGUUAGUGGAAAAAUGGUGGGAUAUAUAUAAUGAUGAGUCUCUUGAUUUCAAGGCAGAAAAUCCUGCUCCUGAAGAAGAGACGUAUUCAAGGGCAUCCAUCAUCUCUACUAUGCCGGAACCUGCCAUUUCUUACAUUCCGGCUCCCUCAGCCGCUUGAAAAGUCGCUUGAUUUGAAGAGAGCGUUUAAAUUGUUGGUGUACUACUAGCAGAUGCAUAUAUACUUUUUUUAGGCUACUUGGCCUUUCUUUGUUGCGAGAGUUCAUACAAAGCCAGUAUGGUAUGACUCUUGGUAAUGUGUUUGAUCUAAGUUUCUUAAAUGUCUACAAGAAUGUGUAAGUUUUGUCUAAUAUAAAUAUAUAUAUAAUUAUAAGAAAUUCCGUAUA